AAGUGCGUAAGCUCAAGAUGGGACAGGGUCUGGACACAUCGUGAAUGCUGGCUUCUGGGCAAGGAACUGGGGAUGUGGACGUGACCCUUGAGGAGCUUAUAGUCCAAAGCGUAGACAGAAUUUGCAAAUGGAUAACAACAACACAGCAUGAAGAAUGUCAUGGGAAUACCAAGCUCAGCUGAGGCACAGAGUACCUGCAGAUGAAGUGGCCCCUCCUCGAUGUCCCCUCCAGCGCCACAGUCAAGGACACCAGGUCACCAUCUCCAGCACACUUGUCUAAUAAAGUUCCUGUUGUUCAGCCCCCGCAUCACAUGCACCCGUUGACGCCCCUCAUCACCUACAGCAACGACCACUUCUCCCCUGGCUCCCCUCCCACGCACCUCUCCCCAGAGAUCGAUCCAAAGACAGCAGGAAUCCCCCGGCCCCCUCACCCAUCCGAGCUGUCUCCAUAUUACCCACUGUCUCCUGGAGCUGUUGGACAAAUCCCCCAUCCCCUCGGCUGGCUCGUCCCACAGCAAGGACAGCCCAUGUACUCCCUCCCUCCUGGUGGCUUCCGGCACCCCUACCCUGCCCUCGCCAUGAACGCCUCAAUGUCCAGCCUGGUUUCCAGCCGGUUCUCUCCUCACAUGGUGGCUCCGGCCCACCCUGGUCUGCCCACCUCAGGGAUCCCCCACCCCGCCAUCGUCCCCCCCAUCGUCAAGCAGGAGCCGGCGCCCCCCAGCCUCAGCCCGGCCAUGAGCGCGAAAUCACCCGUCACGGUGAAAAAGGAGGAAGAAAAGAAACCCCACGUGAAGAAGCCUCUGAACGCCUUCAUGUUGUAUAUGAAGGAGAUGAGGGCCAAGGUGGUGGCUGAGUGCACCCUGAAGGAAAGCGCGGCCAUUAACCAAAUCCUGGGAAGGAAGUGGCACAACCUGUCCCGAGAAGAACAGGCCAAGUACUACGAACUGGCCCGGAAGGAGCGGCAGCUUCACUCGCAGCUCUACCCGACCUGGUCAGCCCGGGACAACUACGGUAAGAAAAAGAAGAGGAAGAGAGAAAAACAGCUGUCACAGACACAGUCCCAGCAGCAAGUCCAAGAGGCAGAGGGUGCUCUGGCCUCCAAAAGCAAGAAGCCAUGUGUUCAGUACCUGCCCCCUGAGAAGUCCUGUGACAGCCCUGCCUCUUCCCACGGCAGCAUGCUGGACUCCCCGGCCACCCCCUCCGCAGCCUUGGCGUCCCCGGCUGCCCCCGCGGCGACGCACUCGGAGCAAGCCCAGCCCCUCUCCCUCACCACCAAGCCGGAGAGCCGGGCCCAGCUGGCUUUACACUCGGCUGCCUUCCUGUCAGCCAAGGCGACAGCCACUUCCUCCGGCCAGAUGGGCAGCCAGCCCCCGCUCCUCUCCCGGCCGCUCCCCCUCGGGUCCCUGCCCACAGCUCUGCUGACUUCUCCCCCCUCCUUCCCGGCCGCGCUCCAUGCCCACCAGGCCCUCCCAGUCCUCCAGGCCCAGCCUCUUUCCUUGGUCACCAAGUCUGCCCACUGAGCUGCCCCCUGACCUAUGCAGGCUGUCAAGUGACUCGUUGAGUAGUAAUGAUUCAGAAGAAAAAAGAAAAAAAAAAAGGAAACUUUAUUGGUCAAUAUUUGACCACUCUGGACUGUUCUGUAAAGUGACUGGUAGCAACAGCACUUUACGUUUUGUAGAUGUAACCAGUAGCUGAUCUUAAGGCUUUUUUAAAAAACAAAACAAAACAACAAAAAAAAAAUCUUUAAAAGAAAGAGAACUGAAAAGUAGUGUGUUAUUCUUCUUCCUGUACGUGCAGUGGUGGAUGGACCUGGGCAGAAGACCCCUUCCUCUCUACCUCUUUCCCUUUCUGCCCUGCUCCCCCUUCUCAGCGCUCCCACGUGCCCCCCUCCCCUUCCUGGUCCACAUGUCGGCCAUGGCUGGACUUCUAGCCUGUUACCUCUUCCUCUAGAUCCCAUUCCUGGACAUUCCCUUUGACCUCACCAAGUUUUUCUCCUUCGCCCAACUGCCUUCAUCUUCGUCCUCUGCCCAGUGUAAGACUGUCAUCACAUGAGAAGCCACCUUUGCCUGAUUUGUCUUCACCAGCGUCCCCUUUCCCUCAGUGGGCCCUCACACAACAGCCUCCAGCUCUGGGUGGGCAAAGAGGUCCUCUGAAAUGGUUCUUUCCCACAUUGAAAGGGAUUCAAGGUGCCCGCCACUUUCUCGGUGAAGAAGUCUCUGUGCCACCCCCUCACCAGUCAAGACCUCCCUUCACUGUCCCAGAGUGGCAGAUGGGACCCGGCCCCAAGGCCUGGCUCUUGUCCCCUGGGUCAGUGCUAGCACAAUCUGCCAAAGGUCUAAACGCCCUCCUCCCUCCCCCUAUCACCUCACAUGCUUCUUCUGUGUGUAUUUCUUUUUGUUUUUAUGGGGUUUUUUGGAGCAAUUUAAACUUCCAGUUGUUUAUUUUCACAAAAGAAAAUAAAAUUGCAGUUGCAAGACCUUU